UGAGGUGGCGCCUCCGUUCGCCGGGCGAAGAAGGGACACGUCUGAGGAGGUCGAGGGAAGGAGGAGAAGGCGAGGAAGGCGCAGUGUACAGAAAUCAUCAGUCUGCUGCCAGGAGUUGGAGCUUGCUUAGGCUUAGGUGUUCGGGAGCAGGGCUGAGCACACAAACAACGGAGAAUUACAGAUGAUAUAGAUUGCAAAUUUUACACAGGAUAAGAGCUAUCUCUUCAUUUGUAAACUUUUGAAGUCAUCCAUAGUUAAGGCUUCUACAGCAUCCACUGCCCUCUAGUUCCUUGGGGGUCAAAAUGUCCAACCAUCACAUGGCGCACAUGGGCCAUGAUAUGAAUAGCUCAACAACGCCCACCCCAGAUCCUCACGCACACCAUCAUGCCAUGACAACAUCGGGGCAUAUACACGAUGGAGGGAUGAUGAUGAUGAUGGAUAUGACCUUCCACUUUAGUUAUAACAAUGUGCCUUUGCUGUUUUCCGGGCUUGUCAUCAACACUGCUGGAGAAAUGGCUGGUGCAUUUGUGGCCAUUUUCCUCCUGGCCAUGUUCUACGAAGGCCUGAAGAUUGCCCGAGAGAGCCUCCUCCGGAAGUCGCAAGUCAGCAUCCGCUACAACUCCAUGCCAGUUCCUGGACCAAAUGGCACAGUCUUGAUGGAAACACACAAAACAGUUGGGCAACAGAUGCUGAGCUUCCCUCACCUUUUCCAGACUGCGCUGCACAUCGUCCAGGUGGUGGUCAGCUACUUCCUUAUGCUUAUCUUCAUGACCUACAAUGGCUACCUCUGCAUUGCCGUGGCAGCAGGUGCUGGGACAGGCUACUUCCUCUUCAGCUGGAAGAAGGCUGUGGUGGUGGAUAUCACGGAGCAUUGCCAUUAACACCAGGCAACGGGUCCAGGCCUUUCCCUACAGCCUCUGGCAGGGACCAGGUGCAGCCCCAGUCUUACUGGAAACCAGGCCAAGAACAUCCCAUGUGAUGCUCCCCCCCCCAAACUCUCUGGGGAUGAAACCUGUGCCUCUCACUCCCCCCUCCCCCCAUUUCCCCCUCCUUCCCAAUAAACAUGGGCUCCUGA